CCCGUUAAAUCUGGAGGGAAUGGGGAAAGUAAAUCUAUAAGACCCAUGCGGUGCCCCCUAGCGUGAUGUCGACAGGAUGAUACACGAACAGUCAUCCACAGCCCUGCGCACCUCUAUACAAAACAUGGCUUGAUUCGAUUCACUCACUAUUCGACUUCGCAAUAUGGAUCAAUCCACCGCCUCUACUAGAAAGCGUCAACGGAGCUUCUCGGAGACCGAUCCCCACAGCCUCGCUACUUCAGUCGUAGGCUUGGCCUUGAGACCGACAUACAAAAGACUCCGUCUGGACGACAACUAUGUCGACCAUCUUGGCAGCCAAGCAGCAAAUGCCGAAGAGGGCUUGCGAUAUUCGUUCUCGGGCAACCUUAAUCACACUCAUUACCCUGCUAUCUCGGUCAGCGAUGCAAGUGGAAUGAACGACAAUGGCAUGGGUUCUAGUGACUCUGAACCAGACGACGCCAGUUUGUACGAAGAACUGGAGGUGAAAGGCCUGAGCGAUCAGAUCCAGAACAGUCUUGUCAGAAGUCCGCUACAAUACGGACGAGUUUUCCUGCCAGAAGGCGUCCUAGAUAAAUUGCUCACAAAGGACGCGGUCCGCCACGAACUCUUGCGCAAUGAAAUCUACCUUGACCCCCCCAAACUCGACACCAUGGUUGAUUUCAUUGUGCCGGGCGCAAGAAAGUUGUUUGCAACUGCUUUACUCACUGGGCUCGACUACAAGAAGCUACAUGCGGCCCUCAACGAGUUCUUGAGGAAACCCAUUGACGACAGUUCGUUGCCACUCGAUGAACAGAAACUCGACGACCUUCUGGAAAAGAAACGGGGAAAGCCAAUAUGGCGGACUGACGUCAACAUCAACGCUUUUCUGACCCAGCAAUGGGCUUUCCUUGCGCCAACCUUUCCACCGCCACCCGGACCUCAUGUGAUGGAAGUCUGGGGACACACAGUUCUCCCAUUUAUUGACAGAAAUGAGAUCGUCGAUGAUGUGGGUGCCUUUGGGGCUGUGUAUGAAGUUACCCCCCACGAGGCAAACAUUACCGAUGUUGGCUUGAAGGGGUCGCGAAUAGCCGUCAAACGUCUCAAAUUCCAACAAUCCAAGGAUACUCCUGAACGGCGCGAAGGAGAGGUGGCGUGGAUCAAAGAAGUUAAGAUACACCAUGAAAUAGCCCAAAUGAACCACCCUCACAUCAUCGACUUCAUUUGUGCAAUUCAUGGUGUCAUUAUCGACAGGGGGCCGGAACAUUUGCUUUUGUUCCGCUGGGCUGACCAGGGCAACCUGAACUCAUUUUGGAGGAGCCACCCAAAUCCGAGAGUCUCAGCAUCCCUUGUUCAGGAAAUAAUGAUACAGUUUCAGGGACUCACCGAAGCACUCUACAAGCUGCAUACGCCUGGAAAGAAAGGUUCUUAUCGGCAUAGUGAUAUCAAACCGGACAACAUCCUCUCGUUCAGUACGCCAGGCCGCAUGUCCUCGGACGAACACCCAGAUAUUGGCACGCUUAAACUGUCUGACCUUGGGCUAGCUAAAUAUCACGUUGAGGCUACUGGUUAUCGGCAUCAAACAAGUGCCAAGUACACAACGCACAGAUAUCAAGCACCUGAAGCCGUGACUGAUGAAGAUGGUGCAAGAUCAACGCGGUACGACAUCUGGUCGAUGGGAUGUGUCAUGCUGGAGUUCGUCAUCUGGCUACUCUACGGAAACGAGACCUUGAAGCGGUUCAACGUUCAGAUCACCACCAAAUCUAGCGGGUCCUGGUUCAUGAAGAAAGGCCAAACUGCAAAACUGCAUGAUACCGUGGCACAGACAAUGAACUUCAUGCUGGAAAGUGAUCCGGAGUGCCAGGACGGCACUGCUGUAGGCGAACUCAUCAGACUAGUCAAAGAAAGACUACUAGUGGUUCACCUUGGGCCGGAUACGAAGAAGCUCCAGCGGGUGGAAACCUUCAAGGGUGUCGAUAGCACGGUCAAUGACAUUCCCAGCAUUCAAGUGGAACAAAUCGAAGAUGGUUUCGUUUCACAGAGAGGGGACAUGGACACCAGGAUUGCCCAAAAUUUGUCUGCAGUGGGCCGUGCCACUUCCGAAGAGCUUUUCGGUGCGAUGAAGAGGAUUGUAUCCAUUGGUAAAGAGAGUCAGCACUACUGGUGCACGGGGCAGGGUGAUCGUGCUCAGAUCACCCAAGAAUUACUGAAGGUCUUGUCCACCACGAACAGAACCAGACCAUCGAGAGGUGAUUCAUUUCUAGCCCCUCCGAGUGCGGGUGGAAUUGGUAACAAUGGCGGUCUUCUACCUCCAAGAGAAACACGAAGAGAGCCACAGGUACUGGACAUACCUGAUAUAGUUUUGCCUUCGACGCAGACCAAAAGAGGGUUUCAAAUCGAAGACACCUGGGGGGAUCUCAGGAGGAACCAGGAGACCUGCGAGUUCUGUGCUCUGCGAUGGGAUUUGGAAGACACCGUUAAGAUUGGCCUGCCGGGCCUUACGGUAUCUGAAGACCAACACUUUGCACUUUUGCGAGGAUGGCUAAGAUACUGCGACACCCACCAUGAAUGCAAACCGUGGCCGGGUGCUCCUCUUCCAACACGCGUCCUUGACCUUGGAACCAUGGACGAUACUACCAUCCGUCUGCGGGAGACGCAGAAGGGUGAUUCCUUCCGCUACAUCGCACUCUCCCAUUGUUGGGGAAAGCAUGAGCAUUUCUUCACCACCGCAUUGAAUCGCCGAGACCACAUGAGAGGAAUCCACGUUGAUAACCUUCCCAAAACCUUUCAACAUGCGGUCAAGACCACACGUGGGCUGGGUAUUCGGUAUCUGUGGAUUGACUCCAUGUGCAUUAUCCAAGGCCCUGGCGGAGACUUUGACAAGCAAUCCGCAAAGAUGGAGGACGUGUUUAGUUCCGCCUACUGCGUGAUCGCUGCAAGCAGUGCGCGCGGACAGGGAGACGGUUUUCUCAACCCCAGGAGAAAGUGCGAUCACGUCAAGGUCGUCAAUGAAAGCGCAAAAGGGGCAGUGUAUGUGUCCCGCUUCCGUGACGAUUUCAAGGAGCACGUCCUCAACUCCCCGCUUAGUGAGCGAGGAUGGGUCUUACAAGAGCGCGCCUUGGCGAGGCGAACCAUCUAUUUCACGGAAUGGCAGACAUACUGGGAGUGCGGUGAUGGAAUUAGAUGCGAAUCGCUGACACGGAUGGAUAACAAACUUAUCUCCUACCUCGGUGAUCCCAACUUCCCAUCGAAACUCUCUGGCGCUGGCAGCAACCGUGGUGAGAAAAUCCGCUUUUACGAGGACCUGUAUCGACACUACAGCCGUCUCAACCUCACCUGGAAGAAAGAUCGGCCAGUGGCCAUCGCUGCACUUGAGAGGCGCCUCCAUCGAGAUCUCAAGUCCUCUGGUGAAUUCGGUGUCUUUGAUGACAGCCGCAGUCUGCUACCCCGGAGUCUCCUUUGGCAGCGCGGCGCAGAAGUCACGAGCCUCAACAAGAUCAGCUUUCCACCUGACACGCACACACGCCUACCCACCUGGUCAUGGAUGGCUUACGAUGGUGGCAUUGACUUCCUUGACCUGCCACUAGGUGAAGUGGACUGGGACGUCAGCGAGAUCCAGGGGAAUUGGACAAUACACCAAACCCUUGACAUACAGCGUGGACCUCAGCAACAGGAGGUCAAGGAGACGGAACUGAGUGCCAAAACGAGGAGGUUCAAGAUGGGAACGACGGGAUCAAGGGAGUUUGAUAUCAUAUACGACAUCCCCAACCAGGUGUCGAAGGAGACCGCACUUCUGAAGUGUGUGCUGGUUGGAAAAUUGAGGAACAAUGACGUGCCGAAAGAGAAGACUACGUACUAUGUUCUGGUUGUUGUUUUGCGGGAUAGUUCGCUGCCGACGGAGAUGUACGAAAGAGUAGGUGUCGGAAGGAUGCUUGGCGAAUACAUCGAUCUGGACAAUUCGCAGCCGGGGAAUUGGGUCAAGAUCAGGUAGACGCAAGAUUGGACAUGUCGUU